GUCUUGGUUGGGUGCACAAAUCUUCUUUUAUGUGUGCAGCUUCUUACCCUGUUGCCUAGACGAUCACUGGCUUUCAGUAAGGAUGUCUGGUUCUCGUAAAGAGUUUGACGUGAAGCAGAUUUUAAAAAUCAGAUGGAGGUGGUUUGGUCACCAGGCGUCAGCCCCUAACUCCGCAACUGAAAACCACCAGGGAGACUUCUGGAAUAGAGGACAAAAUGUAACAACUGCUGGCACAAAGUUUUUAGAUUCAGGUAACCUACCUUUAACAUCAGUUGGUUACAGAAGGUCCAGCCAACAGGAUCUCCAGAAUUCACCUGCUUGGCCAAUGGCAUCCACCUCAGAAAUCCCGACAUUUGAAUUCUCAGCAGAAGACUGCGGAGGUGCACGUUGGCUUGACAGACAAGAAACAGGUGAUAGAGCAAGUGAGGAAGAAAAUGAAUCGGACAGCAGUUCGUGCAGAACCUCCAACAGCAGUCAUACCUUAUCAUCUUAUCAAACUAUGGAGCCCUGUACUUCGGACGAAUUUUUUCAGGCUCUCAACCAUGCUGAACAAACUUUUAAAAAGAUGGAGAACUACCUUAGGCACAAACAGCUAUGUGAUGUGGUGUUAGUUGCUGGUGAUCGUAGAAUUCCAGCUCACAGAUUGGUUCUCUCCUCUGUUUCGGACUACUUCGCGGCAAUGUUCACUAAUGACGUAAGGGAAGCAAGACAGGAAGAAAUCAAGAUGGAAGGUGUGGAGCCAAAUGCAUUGUGGGCUCUGGUUCAAUAUGCAUAUACAGGUCGCCUUGAAUUAAAAGAAGAUAACAUUGAGUGCCUGUUGUCUACAGCUUGCCUUCUUCAGCUCUCUCAGGUUGUAGAAGCAUGCUGUAAAUUCCUAAUGAAGCAGCUUCACCCAUCCAAUUGCCUUGGAAUCCGAUCUUUUGCCGAUGCGCAGGGUUGCACUGACUUGCACAAGGUGGCUCACAACUACACUAUGGAAAACUUCAUGGAAGUAAUUAGAAACCAGGAAUUUCUAUUAUUGCCAGCCACUGAAAUUGCAAAACUUUUAGCAAGUGAUGACAUGAAUAUUCCUAAUGAAGAAACUAUACUGAAUGCACUACUUACGUGGGUUCGACAUGAUUUGGAACAGAGAAGGAAAGAUCUCAGUAAACUCCUGGCUUACAUUAGACUGCCUCUGCUUGCACCACAAUUUCUGGCAGAUAUGGAAAAUAAUGCACUCUUUAGGGAUGACAUUGAAUGUCAAAAACUCAUUAUGGAAGCAAUGAAGUACCAUCUGUUGCCAGAGAGACGACCUAUGUUGCAAAGUCCUCGCACCAAACCUAGAAAAUCUACAGUGGGCGUGUUGUUUGCAGUUGGAGGAAUGGAUGCCACAAAAGGAGCUACAAGCAUUGAAAAGUAUGAACUUCGUACCAACAUGUGGACUCCUGUUGCAAACAUGAAUGGACGAAGAUUACAGUUUGGAGUUGCAGUCUUAGAUGAUAAAUUGUAUGUUGUUGGUGGCAGAGACGGACUGAAAACAUUGAAUACAGUGGAGUGCUACAACCCUAGAACAAAAACUUGGAGUGUAAUGCCACCUAUGUCCACUCAUCGUCAUGGUCUUGGAGUAGCUGUAUUGGAAGGUCCCAUGUAUGCUGUAGGAGGACAUGAUGGCUGGAGUUACCUGAAUACGGUAGAAAGAUGGGAUCCACAGGCUCGUCAGUGGAACUUUGUAGCUAGUAUGUCAACUCCAAGGAGCACUGUUGGUGUAGCAAUAUUAAAUGGAAAGCUUUAUGCAGUUGGUGGUCGAGAUGGAAGUUCUUGUCUUAAGUCAGUAGAAUGUUUUGAUCCUCAUACAAACAAAUGGACCCUCUGUGCUCAGAUGUCAAAAAGAAGAGGUGGUGUAGGUGUAACCACCUGGAAUGGGUUCUUGUAUGCAAUAGGAGGUCAUGAUGCCCCAGCAUCAAACUUAACAUCCAGGCUGUCAGACUGCGUAGAAAGGUAUGAUCCAAAAACAGAUAUGUGGACUACUGUGGCCUCUAUGAGCAUUAGCAGAGAUGCAGUGGGAGUAUGUCUUCUUGGUGACAAGUUGUAUGCUGUUGGAGGAUAUGAUGGUCAAACAUACCUUAAUACAGUGGAGUCUUAUGACCCCCAGACAAAUGAAUGGACACAGGUUGCACCAUUGUGCUUAGGAAGAGCUGGAGCAUGUGUUGUGACUGUAAAACUGUAAAUUAUUUUCUCUAUGAAGGUGACAUUCUCUUCCGUAGACUCAGAUGAUUUCUUUUUUCCUCGAGCAAACUACCAGUGCACCAAUAAAUAUGAGGUGCAGGAUAUCUGCCACAGCAAAGUGUUUGGUCUCAAGCUAACAUGCACAUGUUGUUCUUACGGACCAAUAUUAAGCACUUUUUAAAAAAUCAUCUUUGUUACCCAUAUGUUACAAGAAUUCUAUUUGUAAGAAAAUCAGCUG